CGCUCCGCUAGCCAAUCACAUCCGGAUGACAGGCGCCAAAGAGACAAAAGAGGGAUAAUUAACACUGAGUGAGAAGCUAGCAACCUGUAGCUACCUGUCGCUACACGCACCUACCUGGGCUCGAAGCACAAGCACCGCACCGCAGAGGGACAACACGGGCCAGACCCCUACUCAGCGAUCCCGCCGAAGCGCCAGACGCCCAUCAGCCAACCAGCGCGCCCUGGUGGCACGCAACAAGCCCACCCCCCACCUCUGCCCGCGCUUCCUCCCUUUUAGCACCAUCAACCCUGUCAGCGCCCUCUCUCCCACUCUCGCUCCCCUGUCCUGCCACCCCCGACGACCCAUCGAUUCGGAUCACAUUACGACCCAUUACGACCCGCCCAGGCGCGCGGGGAUCCGGGAGGGACAGCAACAGACACAAGUACCCACUGGCGCUUCGUCCUGCCUCCACCCCUGGCUCGUGGCACUUGCCCACCUUGUCGAGGUACCUUGUCUCCCUAGGUACCUUGUCUCCCUUGCCUUCUGCCUGCCUCACCUCCGGACCAAGCCCGCUGCUUGCUUUACCGCCGGGCGAACCGCACCCGGUUCCUAAUAUAACCAACCGCCCGCCCUCUCGUCUCCUCUGCUCCAUCCUUUCCCCCCCACAACUGCCGACUCUUCCUGCCUCCCCUUCCCUCCAGGGCAAGUCGGCUUGACAGUUCCAUCCUGUCGUAGGUUGCUCUCCAAGUCAUUCGCUUGACUGGACCUUGAUAGCCUUGAUCACCGGCAUAACACACUCGUCAACAUGCCUUCGACCACCAAGCCCAAGCUUCCGGCGCUCACCACGCCCGUCACGGCGUCCUUCCCUGCCGAAGCCCUGGCCUCGGCAGUCUCCAUGAAGACGCCGCUGUCGGCCGUGCUGCGCGACCCGCUUGCUUCGGCUGGCCUGCCGUCUGCCGGUCUCCCGUCGGCCGGCAUGGCCUCUCCAUUCAGCGCCGUUGCCAUGAUCAAGACGGAGGAGGCGCUGGCCAAGACGCCCAUCACCCCGCCUAUCGCAUACCUCGACUUUCUGAAGCUGGCCAGCCCCGUCCUGGCCAGCCCGCCGCCGACUGCCGGAUGCGCAAAGUCCAAGCUGAGCCGGACGUCGUCAUCCGAGUCCAACGACAGCACAAAGUCGCCCUCGUCGGACGAGGCGGCCGAGGACAGGACCGACGGCGAGCUGAUCGACAGCGCACCGUCGACGGCAACCAGCGACGCCAGCGAGUGCUCAUGCGACUGCGACCAUAUCCACAAGUCCCCGACGGCCAAGCCGGCCAACGCUCCCGCAUCACCCUUUGCCAACCACCCGUUGUCCGCCCCCGCAACUGGCGCCACCACCUUCGCAAGCAUGAGGAUUCCGCCCUCACCAGCCACAGGGAACGUCGACUCGCCCGUCCAGUCGCCCUUCAGCGCCCGCUCUGUGCGCUCCCCGUUCGACUGGGAAGCUGCGCUGAAGGCGCGGAGGUAUAACGAGGCCAACAAGGUCAGCAGCAACGGCCACCUCCAAGGCUGCAGCAAGGCCGCGGCAACACCCCGCACCAGCGUCAGGCAUAUCCGCGAGGUGGUCACGAGGACAGUCACCUACACCCCGCGCAUGGACCCUGCGCCCAAGGGAAAGAGGAGGAAAGUCCAGUGAGGUUGUUACUGUUGUACAGCCAACCGAUUAAUCGUCUCGCAUUCUUGCCGACAUCUACCAACCCUUUUUCCCGCCAUUUAAUCAUUCCGUUUGUUCAUAACACAACCAAGCGCCCUUGACGGUGCGCAUAUGAAGACGCUCGAGCGCCGAGCACCAAAAUCACCGGACGAUACCGGAACCAAGGGCAUGACUCUAGCGACGACCCCGUACCACCGCCUAUCGACCGUCAAAUCUAUAGAUGAUACCAGCAUGAGGACCGGGCUCGUCUCCUAGCGAGACUGCUCGACCCUUUGUGCACACACGAACAACCUCCAACGCCUUUUUCUUAACCGUAUUUUUUAUUACCCCUCCUCUCUCCCCCCCCCAAACCAACCCCGCCAAAUGCUGGACACACAGCAUUUGGCUUGCAUGAAUGAUGGAUGGCAAACAUGAGAAGUUUCAGCGUCUGGCGUACUUGAUGGGCGUGGUGGGAAGGAAUUCUGUUUUUUUUUGUCUGUUUCUUUCGUCUUCCCUCUUUUUGCCAUCGAACUACGGAGUCGGUGCAGGGUCAAAAGCGGAGGAGGGCAUCUUGGUCAAAAGCAAGAGAGGGCGGUGUCGACUUUGCCCACGGCUGUCCAAACCUCUCACUUGCUUGGGAAUGACAUGGAGUUCUUGGCGGCGUUGUAUUGGGCUCUUGUUGAAGCCCGCCUGUGUUUCGAUCUUGUGCCAUAGUCCCAACACGAUACUCGAACCCAACUGCCUCUGUCUCUGUUUCUGUCCACCAGGUACAUACCAUCUACGCUUCGAUAUCAUUUGUCGAUGGGAUAGUACAUGCACAUCCGAUCCUCCGAACUCGCUGACUGGUGGGAAUCACGAAUACACACAAAAACAUAACAUUUGCCU